AUGGAAUCUGAUUUUGAAGAAAGUGAUUGUGAUAGUGAAACUGAGUUGCAAGAUUUAGAACAGCUUACUGCAGUUCUUGUUUCUGAUGAACCUUCAACAAGUGCAUACAAUUCACAAGUUCCUUCCCCUGCGGCGAGUACGCACAGUUCUUCCUCGAAAGUGGUACAAGAACUUACAAAAAUUGAAACGGCUUUAGCUCUAAACAAGUUAACAAAUGAAAAGUUACGAAGGUUAGAAAAAAUCUUAGUGGGACGAUUACACGAAUGUAAACAAAAACUAAACGAUAUUGUAGAAUCUAAUAAUAGAAAUAAAUAUUAUGACAAACGGGAAUCAUUUAGAUAUGUUAAUUGUGGUAAACCAUACUUUAAAGAUAGGGCCAACUUUGUGCCCCCAAACAAUACAGAUACAAUAACCAUGCAAAAAUCUGGAAUGUAUGACUUUUCCUCUAUAUCAUCAGCUCCUGGUUGGACAGUAAAAGAUAAAAGUAAUUUUAUUAGUUUGUUACUUAAAAUGUCACAGGACAUAUGCAAAAAAGAAAUUGAGUCAAAAAUUUCUGAACUGGAACGGGAAGCUAAACGAAAUCCCAGUAUCAAAAUUGAUAAAAAAAUUGCAGCUUUGAAUAAAGAAAGGGAUAAUGUUAGUAAAAAAUUAUUGAAAGAUCUUGCAUUACCUCUAAAUCAAGAAUAUGAUUGGGAUUACAUAGCUACUAAAUUGAAUCGACGGCAUUCUGCGCAAGAAUAUCAGACUCUAUGGAAGUUAUUUUUACAUCCUCAUGUUAACAAAAAUAGUUGGAGCAAACAUGAGCACACAUCUUUACAAAAAAUUGCUCACAAAAAUCAAUUUCAAGAUUGGGAUCAAAUAGCUGAAACAUUAGGAACAAAACGCACCGGCUAUCAGUGUUUUGUUUAUUUUCGUACUAAUAUAAGCAAUACAUUUACUGGCCAAAAAUGGACUAAGGAGGAAGAAGAAUAUCUUAAAAGAUUAAUUGACUACUACAAGGAGGAUAAUUACAUUCCAUGGGGUAAAGUGGCAACAUCAAUGGAAAACCGAACAAAGAUUCAAAUAUAUAACAAAUAUAAUAGACUUAUUGAACAAAGGAAAGGAAGGUUUCUAGCUGAAGAAGAUGCUGUCAUACUUACCUGUGUGGAUCACUUUGGACCAAACUUUAGGCGGAUGACAAGCUUUCUGCCUGGUCGUUCUAUGACUCAACUACGUAUAAGAUAUCAAAUAUUGGCCAAAAAAAGGAUAUCAACAGUAUGGACAGUAGAGGAAGAUAACAAGUUAAUAAAGUUAAUGGCAAACCAAGACUCGCCUAGUGCUUAUUCCAGUAUUACAAAAUAUUUCCCUGGAAAAGACCGAAUGCACAUAAGAAGUAGGCAUUUAACACUAGUAAAAUGGAUGAAAACCCAUCCCAAUAUGGACAUUUCAAAGGCACCACGUCGUGCAGCACGCCGAUUGGGCCAUGGUCAGGCUCUAGACAAUUUGAAUAAAGCGAUUGAAAAUCUAAAAUGCAGGAUACAGUCAGAGGUUGAAGAUCGUAGGUGUAAGAAGGUGACAAAGGACUCACCGGAAGAUGUUAUUGAAGAUGCUAUUAUGGCAACAUUGCUUAAUCAAACCUUAAAAGAGGAAGAAGCAAAAAAAUCAGAACUAUGGGAAGAUGAACAUCUAGUAUUAAGAGAUGAUAUGGUUAUUUCAUCACAAUCUUUAAAUGCUACUAAUUUAAGAAAAUUACUCAUUUUGUUUAAAUCUCGAUUAAAUAAAAACCAAUUAAUAAGCAGUAAAUACUGUCAAGAUUAUCCUGAUUUAAUUAAAGGUGAGAAAGAAGUUUGCUUAGUGAAGAUGAAAUCAUAUUCCAAAAAAGAUACAUUUAAAACAAUAGUAAAACAAUUACCUGAUCUAUUUGGUACAUUAAGAUUAGGAGAUUUACAAUAUGUUUUACCACCACACUAUGCAACAAUAACUGGUUGUAGGAAAUUAAUGGCAUGGAUAUCAGAUAAAAAAGUAAAUAAGGUUUGUGAUUUCAAUAUAAAUGUAUUGAUAAGAAAAAAUAGUCUCUUAAAGGAACACUUUUUCCUUUUAAUGGAAAGGUUUAAUUCCCUGUUUCUGUGGCCAAUGUUGCUCUCCAAUGAGCCACCACAGUUUAACAGAAAUGACAUAGAAAAGUCUAUAGUUAGUAGGCCAUUGCCAAAAUGUAAUCUUCCUGUGGUAGGCAUUGGAAUCACUAUUCCUGAGAUAACAUCAAAUAUUAUUAAUGACACGAUAGAUUUAGAAGAGUCUGCAAAUAAUAAAGAUGAAAUAAAUCUCAUAGAAAUAAGCAUUGAUGGUACUAUUAUUAAUCGUAGUGAAGAAAAUUGA